GGGAGAGGAAACACUGCGCAACAGUGCAGCAAACUCCCAGAUAUAUCCAAUUAUCUGUGGAGUAUCUGGGAGUAUACAGGAGUCCCGGAUACACCGCUUUUCCCGCAGUGAGCAUUGGGGUGUUUCAUCACAGUUCAAUCAAAUCAUUUAGAUAACAGCUAAAAAAAACCUAUUUCGGAUGGACAUACACUUCAACAUUGGUACAUAAAUGAGUUAGAGCUUUCGCUGAACACUAGAUGGCAGUAGUUAAGGCUCCACCUUUGGCAUGCCAAAAAACGAUAUGGUCACACAGCAGAAGAAUAAUCUCCUAGGUAACGGCUACCAAGCGGCGGUAGAAGCUAAACUACAUGUUUGAGGCAGCUAACGUCUGUUGAUACUACCUUGUGCCAACUUGGAUUUCCGUUUUGCUGAUGUAAUGUAUCCUUGCACAAAGAAAUCGUCAAAACCUUUGUUUUCUUUUUAUCAAAGAAAUAAAGCUAUGGUUCGCUGAAAACUCUAGAACUUAUGCUAUAUUCUUAUUUCACCUGUAUCGCUAGCUAGCCAGCAAGCUAACUAAAUACAGUUACCUUCAUCAGGGAUUUAGUUAACCUUUCUUACAGAAGAGUUGCUGGCUACGUACACGCACUGUGAGUUUCGAUGUAAGCGAACGGCUAACAUGCUGUGGAACUGAUGGAUGUACACUCAAUUCGUCCAGGUUUGAAUCAGAGAAGUAAUCAGGUUAAAAUUGGGUAAUGACAGACUGGAGAGAAGUGUUCGAACGAACCAGAGCGGUUCCACCCCACAGCCAGACCGCCCGACAAGCUGACAAACCUUCCCAAGGUUUUCAGCUCAGCUUCAAGCACUUGGAUGGAGCUUCUGUUUUUCAGAAAACGUCCAGCUUCCAGCUGCGGGUGUCCUUCUUCGAUACCGUCCACCGGUAUUUCUUUGGGAGGACUUGGAGGAGUCCGCCUCACGACUCUACUGCUGUUCUGGAACAUAGUAGCAAAGUUGCUAUUGAUGAGGUACAUAUAAACACAUUAAGAACCCCACAAAGAACAUGACUUCCUCAGUCCGUGAUGAGGUACAUAUAUUCUUCCCAUGAAAAUCUAGUUAGAGGGUAAGAGGGCCACACAAGGGAAAUAAACAAGAGAGAUGGACGGUUCACAUGUUCACAUUACCUCGGCCUUGGCGAAGGUCGACCCACUCUAAGUGCCCCUCUAGUUUCUUUGUCUUGUGUUUUUAUUUUAUUUGUCAGCGAGAGAUUGUUGUGUCCACCAGGGAUAGGGCAGAGUGAUGGAGACAUCAAUGAGACAUCAUGCUGGAACUGUUUCUACCCGAGUAGCCAACCGUGGCAAAGCAAUGCGCGAAGACUCUAGUUUGUUUGUUUACAGUCUUCUUAUCCUCGUCAUCGUACUGAACGCUGAAUCCAAAAUGUUCCCACAGAGCAGAUUGGUAUCAAUUUGUUGUUAGCUGAUUAACUCAUACAGCAAUACCUUUUUGUCCACUAGGUGGCAGCACAAA